CGUGGUGGAGCGAGAGACACCUCCACCUCCGAGAAAAUGCCACAUCGUAGCGUUGGCAGCGAGCACAAGGAAGAGCCUCACUCCACGGAACUACAGCCCGCACUAUGUGGUCGGUCUGGCGCGCUUGACAGCACUCCAGUUCCCAUGACGGAUUCAUUUAACCAAACCAGGAGAUUGUAAUGUUUUUUUCUUGACUUGAACUUUGACCAAAAGGAACUGGGUUUUAUUUUUUGAUACAUCGUCCACUUUGUAAAAACAAUGGCGAGGCGUAAAAGGCGCAACCUCUACUUGGAUUGUUAGUACACCGAGCAGAACCGACCUGCCUCUGCCGCUGUUCGCCACCGCUGCUGCUGUUGGCGUGAGCGGGUACUACGCGGACAUGGAUAGCCUCUCGGAGAACCCAACGCGGGCUUCGGAAUACCUAAGCGAGCUGAAUAAGAUCAUAGAGACGCAGCAGGAGUUGUUGGAGAGGCAGAGGGGCAGGAUUGAGGAGCUGGAGCAGCAAGUGUCCGACUUGUGCACUGAGAACGUGUGUCUGAAGGAACAGUACCAACGGCACCUGGCAACCUGCAGGCUGCAGCAGGGCAACAGCCUGAGCACGCUGGGAGCCAUCAAGGAGCACAUCACACACGAGAAGUCUGAUGAAGAUACAACCCGAAUAGUCAGGAGACAUGCCUCUUUACCUCUGGAGGUCACAGAAAAUCCUGGGAGGCUCUCCUCCUCGGCGGGCUGCAGGAGGGCCACGCCAUGCCGUCAGUGGAAAUCUGCAUCGUUUGGUGUGGAGGGGGAUGGGAGGCCCAAUGACAGUGGCCCUUCCCUGGACGGUGGCGCGGGGUACAGCCAGGGUCCGGUGACACACGGUUCAGCCAUCAGCCCGGACCGCUUUGACAGCCCCCUCUACAGCCACGGAGGGGUGCAGCCGGGCCCACAAAGACCUCGCCGACCCAAGCUCCAACACUCACAGUCCAUCCUCCGAAAACAAGCAGAGGAGGAGGCCAUCAAACGGUCCCGAUCACUGUCCGAGAGCUAUGAGCUGUCCUCAGACCUGCAGGAUAAACAGGUGGAGAUGCUGGAGCGUAAAUAUGGCGGGCGCUUCAUAACACGACAUGCCGCCCGCACCAUCCAGACGGCAUUCCGGCAGUAUCAGAUGAACAAGAACUUUGAACGCCUGCGAAGCUCUAUGUCGGAAAACCGAAUGUCACGCCGCAUUGUCCUGUCCAACAUGAGGAUGCAGCUAUCUUUCGAGGGUCCAGAAAAAGUUCACAGUUCCUACUUUGAGGGUCGGCAAGUUUCCAUGACUGAAGACGGCAAUCCCCUCACCAUGCAAGAGUGUGGGGACAUGGACCGCCGGCAGCACCAGCCCAACAUGGCAGCUCAUCCAGUGCAACAAGCGGAUCUUACAGAUGCCAUUACGGAGCUAGAGGAUGCCUUUUCCAGACAGGUCAAAUCUUUAGCUGAAUCUAUAGAUGAUGCACUGAACUGUCGUAGUCUCCAAGGUGACGAAGGCCCAGACCCGGAGUCUAUGGGCUGUCCUGAGGUGCAGCGUGAAGUCCCAUACCAGUCCCAUCGCAGGACAGGGGGGCGCAUGCAUGACGAAGCAAUGGCAUACAGUGACGUUACUCUGUUUAUUGAUGAAGAGGAUAUGUCCCGUCCUAUAGCAUUAAGGUCAGGAGAGCAGCAGUCCAGUACAGAGUCAGACUUGAGACUACGAUCGGUCAACUCAUCCCAAGAGUACUGGCCGAUCGAUCCUAAAGAUGAGGGGAGAGACACGGACACAAGCUGCCGGAGCACUCCCUCUUUGGAGUGCCAGGAACAGCGUUUAAGAAUGGACCACCUGCCCCUCCUGACAAUUGAACCUCCCAGUGAUAGCUCUGCAGAACUGAGCGACCGCUCUGAAAGGUCUGUGAAAAGGCCGCCUGUGUACGAACCACAUGGACAUAUUGUUACCUCCUCACAGGCGAGCCCCAAACACAUUUCCCACGGACCCCCUCCUCGAGCUCCGCCACGGGACGAUGACGCACCCCUACGCCAUCGCCACCGGCAACUAGAGAGCCACCUAGCCAUCAACGGGUCGGCAAAUCGGCAGAGCAAGUCAGAGUCUGACUUUUCUGACGGGGACAAUGACAGUAUCAACAGCACAUCCAAUUCAAAUGAUACGAUUAACUGUAGCUCAGAGUCCUCGUCACGGGACAGUCUCAGAGAGCAGACCCUGAGCAAACAGACAUACCACAAAGAGACGCGAAACAGCUGGGACUCUCCCAUCUUCAGCAACGACGUCAUCCGAAAGAGGCACUAUCGAAUCGGGCUCAACCUCUUCAACAAGAAGCCAGAGAAGGGCAUCCAGUACCUGACGGAGAGGGGCUUCAUCCCAGACACACCUGUGGGUGUGGCUCACUUCCUGCUGCAGAGGAAAGGCCUGAGUCGACAGAUGAUCGGAGAGUUCCUCGGCAACCGUCAGAAACAGUUCAACAGAGAUGUCCUAGACUGUGUGGUGGAUGAGAUGGACUUCCAGGGCAUGGAGCUGGAUGAGGCCCUCAGAAAGUUCCAGAACCACAUCAGAGUCCAAGGAGAGGCCCAGAAGGUGGAGCGCCUCAUCGAAGCCUUCAGUCAGCGGUACUGCAUCUGUAACCCCACUGUGGUGCGACAGUUCAGAAACCCUGACACCAUCUUCAUUCUGGCCUUCGCCAUCAUCCUCCUCAACACAGACAUGUACAGCCCCAACGUCAAACCAGAGAGGAAGAUGAAGCUCGAGGAUUUCAUCAAGAAUUUGAGAGGUGUGGAUGAUGGAGAGGACAUCCCCAGAGAGACACUUGUGGGCAUUUAUGAAAGGAUCCGAAAGAGAGAACUCAAAACCAAUGAGGAUCACGUGUCCCAGGUGCAGAAAGUAGAGAAGCUCAUUGUGGGCAAGAAACCGCAGCCUAAGCAGGGACUCUCAGACUUCCUUCACCCUAGACACUUCCUCCAGCUCGUCCGGGGGGACCCCGAGGCGUUCCCAGGCCAGCCGAGAGACAUAGUCCCUCCAGCGUGUCCUGGGUCUUCCCCGGGGCCUCCUCCCGGUGGGACAUGCCUGGAACACCUCCUGAGGGAGGCGCCCAGGAGGCAUCCGGAACAGAUGCCCAAGCCUCAGCUGGCUCCUCUCGACGUGGAGAAGCAGCGGCUCUACUCCAAGCUCCUCCCGUGUGACUGAGCUCCUCACCCUAUCUCUAAGGGAGCGCCCAGCCACCCUGCGGAGGAAACUCAUUUCGAGCGCUUGUAUUCGCGAUCUCGUCCUUUCGGUCACUACCCAGAGCUCAUGACCAUAAGUGAGAAUAGGAAUGAAGACUGACCGGUAAAUCGAGAGCUUCGCCUUUCGACUCAGCUCCCUCUUCACCACAACGGUCCGAUACAGCGACCGCAUCACUGCAGACGCUGCACCGAUCCGCCUGUCAAUCUCAUGUUCCGUCCUCCCUUCACUCGUGAACAAGACAAAAAGAACAAAAUAUAUAUAUAUAUACUAUUUUAGAAAUUUAAUUAUGCAGGAUUAUAUCAUGCUUUCAGGUGGGGGGAAAGGGAGUGAGUAGGCCCUCAUAUUAUGUCCCUCUUGAAAAUGUUAACUAUAUUAACAGGGCAUUUCAACAGUAAUGUAUGCCCCUAAUCUCUAUUACAGUUAAUGGUCUAACAUGGUGAUGACACUUGAAACCCACAAAUUCUUGUAAUCUAGAGUCUGGUGAUACUCAGGGUGCUUUGUUGUUUUGUGCAUACUUGGUUUAGUCUGAAAUUAAUUUUGCUCUAAUCCUGGUGGUAGUUGUUGUAUAAACAUUGAAUCACAGGUCCAUAUAAUGUGAUCUUGUCUGAAACCCAGCAGCAAUCAACAAUACAGCGAAAAAGCGCACAGUAUUAGAAAUGGAAGCUUUGCACCUUUGGGUGUUGUUGUGUGAAAAUUGACUUGUGCCGGAGCCCUUCAUGCUCAUGAUUUUUACACACCCAGAGCUCUCGCAAUGUUUUCUCCAGCCUAAAGAAAAAUGGGCUGCCAUCUUGUACACAUUACAGGCUCUGGUCUGCUGAUUGAGUUAGAACACAACAUUCGACCUAGGCUUGUGGCUGUUUUGAUUUAACCUUUUGAUUGGACAAUAAUAAACAAUACAACAAUAUUUUCGCCUAUUAAAAACACAUGACUGCAUCAGUGCAGUGGUAGUAUCAAAGUUAUAAGACCAUUGUCCUAUGAAUAAGAAUUUUAGUUUAGGUUCUUCUAGUAAUAGUUAGACACACUGGAAAGAUAUUAGUCUCGAUAUAGAAAUAGCUUUUGGAA